UCCUCAUGCUCUGAAGUGUGAUAAUAAUUUAGUACCCAGGUUACAAACACGGCAGAGGUUUACUCUGACCUACUGCAGGUUGGACACUAGCAACAGGGCAUGUUUUCCGCAGUUUCUUGAAGUCAACGCCCAUAGCUCUUAGCUCUCCAUGAAGAUCGGACAGCACUUUGAACAGGUGUUUGGCGACCUGUUGACUAGUACGUUUAGUCGCGGUAUGUGUUGGUCCUGUCAUCGUACAAACGCUUUGUUGUGCAGAUCCACACUGUAACGAGAAGGAGAGGAAUCGUUAAAGGGUUAAACUUGAACCGGUGCCUCUUUUGCAGUACAGGAAGCCGAGCAGUAAAAGAUGAGUUGACUCACGAAAAGUUAUUUUUGGUAACCUUAUAACUGACUUAGAAUAAUAUCUUUAAGCAAAAGAACAAAAAACUGGAAAUGUUGAUUAUACUUGAUGACCAUGCAUUUUUCUAUUGUAGAAAUUUCAACUUACAGGUGAGAUGGCUUGCUGGGCUCUAUGAAGCUGAGCGUAAAGAUCUUUAAUUUGAAAGUCGAUUUCGGUCAGCUUUCUAAUCACGUUGUCUCUUGCCUUUGUCUUAGGGAGGGUACUGUAGGCAGUCUUCGCCUUGCGAAUCUUUUCGUGGAAGCAUUUUAACUUGGAAAGUUUGAAUGACUGGACAAGUCUUCUAUCGAUCUGCCUGCCAGGAAGAAGUCGUUCCAAACCUUUCGAAAUAUCAUCCAAUGACUUGCUUCUUGUUUGUCGUUUGCCAGUAAUUUGCGGCCCAAUGACAAAGUUCCUGUGAUUAAUUGCGUCCUUUUCAAUCCUUUGAGCCUGCAAAUGUCCGUAGUAUCCCGGGAACCGAAAACUGUGCGUCUGUAAAGAGUUAGAUCGCUGCCCUCCUGACUUGGAACAAACAGAGAAAAGAAAUCUUGAACCAUCGCUCAUAAUGGAGGUAACAACAUCCCAAGGGUACUCGUGCACAAUCUCGUCUGGUUCACCAAAGUGAUYAGGUAGGAAGAUCUGGAUCCCUCGUUGUGAAAUAGMAAGAAUGAAUUCCUUAUCGUUCAAAUCAACUGCMUCUUUGUAURUGAAMGCACCGUAGCCAAAUACACUGAUGCUAAGAUUAAGGUAUUCUAUAAGAGCCUCAUCWYUUGUCAUUSCAUGRUGAUUCUUAUGCAUGUAAGUCACCUUUCGUUCAUACGCUGCAGCGCUAACUUCACCAUCUGARUUGAGUGAUGAUKGCGCUGAAUARAAAUKAGAACCAAGUUUUGAUUCAAGGUAUCCACGAUUGUGUUUCUUUGUGUUGAAAUCACCUAAAAUAGCUUGUGCAAAGUAGCUGUCAAGAAUUGCAUGUUCUUGGAUUGAUGUACGAAGCUUGCCAUGAAGAAACAAGUACUUGAUUUGAUAUACGACAUGUUUGAGGAAGAUUGGGUCUUCUAUCACAUCAUUGAUUGAUUUGGGAAACACUUUGAUGGCAAAUUGAAAAACUGCUGUGAUUGUUAAAGAUGACUUAAUGGUUUCUUCAAGAUGAAGCCAACUUGGUUUGGCAUCUUCACUGUUGAYGUACUUUAUACCAAAGUACUUUCGAUACAGAGGCGAUAUCUUGGCUUGAUCGCAGACUUUUUCAAACAAUUCAGAGCACAAGACUUUCUUCCUGUCGAAUUUAAUAGCAAGUUCACUAUUAUCGAGUAGAACAACCUUAAAAGUAACUGAUCGUGAACGAAGUGACGUGCCGGGRACGUUGAUACGGUAUUUCAUUGCUGUUCUUCCUGGCAGCACACYAUCAAUUCCAAGGUAUUGUAAUAUAUAUAUAUCGUGGUAGCUUUCCAUCUCAUAUUUAUACACCUUUCUGAUAACGUUAGCUGACCAAAUAAGUAUAAUAGAACUAAAGAACUAUUGAUAGUCGAUCAGUCUUAUCCGUUCGUAAUCCUAGCCCACAAUCCUUUAGAUUUGUCUAUUGUUUUUACACUGUUUUAUGACAAUAGCGGAAUCUAGUUUCUUUGCACUUGUUUUACACGCAAUGMCAUUAUUAGAAUCACRUUCUGCGAACUGCAUGCAACAAAAACGGUCGAUAUGAAAACAAAAAGUUGCUGACAUACUUUUAGAAAUAUCUUUUUAUAAACUUUCUCCGUGCAACAGGUCAUUCCGUUAUCAAGGACCGUAGAGACUUWAAUAAAACGUGAAAACCAAACACGCAAUCUCUUUAAUGACGUUUCGGUUCAUUUGAGUAAACAUCMCUAAGAACUCAGAUUGCGCACGGAUAUAGCCUAAAAUAUUGACUAUUGACUGAAUUAUAUGAUAUUUGAAAUAACGGCAUAACUAUAUUACUCAAAUACUGUUACAUUAAGAUGGUAAAUGAUGAGCUGAAAGGGUUAGACAAACAAUGAGGACAACUAACUCCUUUCAAAUCCAAGCUGAAGAUCCUUGCGARAGACGUGAGCAAUUGCCGUYACGAUGAUGUCAAUCUUGUAAAUCUUGCAUGACGUUAAAACACCGUGACAAACUAUAUGACACGUAUSAUUCCUUUAAACAGAUUAAUAAUGAUUAUAAGUUUACUUUUCUUACUAUGCAAUCUUUAUCUUUUAACACUCCUUCAAUUAGGUCAUUACGCAUGCUCCGAAUAAGUUCAAUCAGACUGAUCKCCCACAUGGAAGAAGUUCUUGAAUUUACGAAUAUCAAAUGACCAUGGGUUUGAAACUGAUUCUAUACGCAAACCAGCUUGAUAGUUUCUCUGUAACUGGCCGGCCGAGAAGAGGAGAAUUAAGAAAGAGUAGAGUUCGACAGGAGUGUAUGAUAAAGAAGGGGUUUCUCUCUUCCCAGGCUGCAAUAUAUUAGACUAUCUUAGUUUAUUUUAAUCCAAUURUUGUUUUAAAUCAAUACCUUUGGAGUGAAUUAUAAUGUUUUUAAGGCGUACCGAUCUGCUAUUUAUACUGAUAAGAGCUUUCCACUAUUAUUCCGAGUCAUUCUUAUGAUAAUUGUGAAACCAAAAACUGUACUGACAUCGCCUUGAGAGAUCUGUGUUCUUUGUCCAGCAAUACAUGCAAGUACGCCUUAAUGCCAUGCUUCAGAGGAUCAAUACAAAAGCUGCAUACUAUUUUUAGUUCAAUUCUUAUGUACCAAAGCGCAGUUGUUCUUCCUGAACAAAACAGAUCGAGCCGCCGUAACCUGGAGAGUUAAGAUGGCUGAUUCAGCUUUCAUCAGUCUUGACUUCCGUACUGCCUCGCAUGAAGUCAAUAAACAACAGGUUACAACAGCAGGUGAAGAUGAAGAGAACAAGYUCUUGGACGCCAUAGCUCACGAAGAUUUAGAUGAAGUUCGCUUGUUUUUCAAAAGUCAUCCACAAUUUGGUGAGCAAGUGGAACGUGGUCAUCAACGCAAAGCACUUCAACUGGCAAUAGAGAGCAACYUUCCAGAGAUAUUAGAACUUUUACUGCAAAACAAUUUCAAUGUCGGCAGUUUCUUAUUCACAGCGGUAAGAGAAGGAUCCAAAGAAUGCGUGGAAAUAAUUCUACCUUAUAUUAGACACGACGACCAGGGACCAGAAACCAUCUCAUCAGGAUUGUUYGUCAGUCCCUUAAUGCUUGCAGUCCAUUUGGACCACUAUGAUAUCAUAGAAUUAUUCGUGGAGAAAGGUUAUAAAGUUCACCUUGACGAAGACCAAAACACAGGCUCCUCGUUAUUUCUCAAUCACCAUGAUGACGAGGUCGUGGAUGGACAGCUAGAGUUGCGUAAACAUCGCGUUCUUUUGUCAUCCUUGAAACGAAUCCACACCUAUCGCGCUCUAGCCAGCCCGCUUUACAUUGCCUACUCGUACUUAAAUAACGACGAUCCACACCCAUUGUUCCAAAUAUUCCAACUAAACAACCUUCUCAAAGAACAAGGUGGAAUUGAUUUCGAGUUCAAGCAAGACUACAAAAACUUGUCGAAAAAGCUACAGGAGUUUGCRGUUGAUUUGUUAGAACAAUGUCGUACAGUUCGUGAAAUAGAAAUGAUGACAGACGUCAAUCACGAAUUUCAGGAAGAACUGAAAAAAACGCAAAAAAAAUACGUGGAAGUUAAGUCAGAAGGAGCAGAGGAACUGAUCGUUAUGAAUCUUGCUAUACGCAGUGGUAACGUUGAGUUGGUAGCACAUCCAUACAGUCAACUACGUUUGAACGAAGUCUUAUACCGAAACAUAUAUAMAAUAUYCCCCUAUGAAACGUCAUGGCGACAGCGUGGUUUGCUCAGCAGGACCUGGUUCUCCUUGCGCCACACCCUUUUGCUGCCAUUCUUGACGUUACUCUUCGUUUUCUGUCCUGRCUCCAAGAUCGGCAAAGGAAUGAGAAGUCCAGUGGURAAGUAUCUGAGUCAUACCGGAUCAUUCUGCAUGUUUGUUGUUCUGUUAAUGCUUGCGUCUUUCCAAGAUAAGUUCAACAUGAGCAUCGCUGAGCCCACGAUCUUAGACUGGCAGAUCCUGGUCUGGGUAUUUGGUCUUGUUGUCCAGGAAAUUAAAGAGUUUUAUCUCCAAGGUUUUCGUCGAUACGUCAAUCAAUGGUGGAACAUGAUUUCGUGCUUAAUGCUUCUCCUCUUUGUAGUUUCUUACCUUCUCUCCAUYACAGCCUACGUCUUCUCACAAACUAGUCGUGAUUCUGKAGUAUUUGACACCAUCGACUUUACCCUAAGUGCCUGGUAUAAAAUGACGCUGGUUGCCAAUGGCUUGUUUUCUGUGGCCAUKGUCUUGAGUUUUGUACACCUUUCAAGUGCAUUCCAAGUGAGCGCUAUCUUUGGUCCAAUGCAACUGUCGCUGUACAAGAUCCUUGUCGACGUGUUUAAGUUUUUGAUAUUUUUCUUUACCUUGUUCAUGGCUUAUGGCUUCAGUUUAAGGCGAUUAUACUCACACUACAUCAACACACAAAAUCAUCUCCACCGUGCUGUCCAGACAGGGAUCUAUAACACAACCAAGUCRCCGGAUACYGAACAUGCCUUUUCAAACGUGUAUCACAGUCUCUACAGCUUGUUCUGGGCCGUUUUUGGAAUGACUGACGUUAGUCAAUUUGCAACCAAAGACAAAGACUUCCAGAUAACAGAGAUAACUGGCGAGGUGCUGUUUGGUUCUUUCCAGAUCCUGAUGGUAAUCAUCGCUGUGAACAUGUUGAUUGCCAUGAUGUCCAGAUCCUAUGAAGAUGUCGCGGAUAAUGCUCAUAGUCAAUGGAGAAUGUCACGAACCAAGAUGUGGAUGAACUGGGUUGAUAAAGGAAAUGUUAUUCCUCCUCCUUUCAAYAUCUUCCCCAGCAUCAAAGUAGUUGUAAAGUCAUUCUUCUAUGUUUUGGGAUGGCUAAAGAGACGUUGUGUCUGCGGACCAAACAGAGUAAGUUUCAUUUCAAGUUGA